CCACUUCCCACCCAACCCGAUCGAGCCAAAGGCCUAACCCCACCUUCAUGUCAUUUAUCCCCAAACCCACAUUUUGACAUAAAAUCUCAAACAAUUUCUCGGCGACCAAACACCCAAUUUCUCUCCAGUCUCGAACCCAAACCCUAACCCCCAACCCCGAAUAUUGGCCACCCAAUCUCAGCGCUAUGUCGACCUCGGGGACGCCGCAGUUUCGGUACACGCAGACCCCGUCGAAGGUGCUUCACCUCCGGAACCUCCCAUGGGAGUGCGCCGAAGAGGAGCUCAUCGAGCUCUGCAAGCCGUUCGGCAAGAUUGUCAACACCAAGUGCAAUGUUGGAGCCAACCGCAACCAAGCCUUCGUAGAAUUCGCUGACCUAAACCAGGCCAUAAAUAUGGUUUCAUAUUAUGCUUCAUCCUCAGAGCCUGCACAGGUCCGUGGUAAGACAGUUUACAUUCAGUAUUCAAAUAGACACGAAAUCGUCAACAACAAAAGUCCUGGAGAUGUUCCCGGAAAUGUCUUGUUGGUCACCAUUGAGGGUGUUGAAGCUGGCGAUGUGAGCAUUGAUGUUAUUCACUUGGUGUUUUCUGCUUUUGGCUUUGUGCACAAGAUUGCUACAUUUGAAAAAGCAGCAGGCUUCCAGGCAUUGAUUCAGUUCAAUGAUGCUGAAACUGCAUCUUCGGCAAGGAAUGCCUUGGACGGAAGAAGCAUACCCAGGUAUUUGCUUCCAGAGCAUGUUGGUUCAUGCCACUUACGUAUUUCAUAUUCCGCACACACUGAUUUGAACAUCAAGUUCCAGUCUCACCGAAGCAGGGACUAUACAAAUCCAUACCUUCCUGUAAAUCCUACUGCGAUAGAGGGAAUUAUGCAGCCUGCUGUAGGUCCUGAUGGAAAGAAGAAAGAGCUUGAGAGUAAUGUGCUUCUUGCUUCAAUCGAAAAUAUGCAGUAUGCUGUCACUGUGGAUGUUCUUCACACGGUAUUUUCUGCAUUUGGCACUGUCCAGAAAAUUGCUAUAUUUGAGAAGAAUGGUCAAACACAGGCAUUGGUUCAAUACCCUGAUGUCAAUACCGCAGCAGUUGCAAGGGAAGCUUUAGAGGGACACUGCAUAUAUGAUGGUGGCUAUUGUAAGCUUCAUCUAUCAUACUCUCGUCAUACUGAUCUCAAUGUAAAGGCUUUUAGUGACAAAAGUAGAGAUUAUACAAUCCCAGAAGCUAGUUUGCUUGCGGUGCAGCAAGUUUCUGGUUACCCUGCUGCUCCGGCAGCUUGGCAGAAUCCCCAGGCUGCUCCAAUGUACCAUGGGAACGAGUUCAGUGGUGCAGCUUCUAUGCAGGCCCAAGGGCCUCCAGGGCAAGGGCCAUCAUGGGAUCCAGCCAUGCAGGCGGGCAGAUCAACGUUUGUUUCAGUUCCGAGCACGUUUCCUGGUCAAACAUUUCAUGCAUCCUCAGGUCCAGUAUAUUCCUCUGCAGCAAUGCCGCCAGGUUCUUCACCUCUCCAAACAGGCCCAACUACUUCCUCCAGUAUGGCUUCUAGGGGAAUAUCUCAGCCAGGUGGUCCGCCCAACUUGCGACCUGGGGGUGGUGCUUCACCUCCAGGAGUUGGACCUCCUGGUGCCUCACCAUCCUACUAUGGCCAAUAAGAUGCCUUUUCUUUUCUUUUCUUUAAACAAAUGCUGGUUAUUGCCAGUCUCAUAUUUUUGUUUUUUCGUUGGGAUGGACGUCAAAAGAUAUUAAAACCCCAAAUUCAAUUUUCAGUGUCUUAAACUCAGUACUGCCCUGCUUUGAUUGGAAAUCUGAUCUUGUGAUUUUAGUUUGAAUACGAAAUAUGUAUUGUUUUGAGCUUAAC